AUGCCCAGAGUCAGGGAGGACGCUGCGAGCUCCUGGGUGGCAGAGGAGCCCAGUCUGGCCCGGGCUGUGGUCCGAAGCACUGGGUGCUUCACGCUGGGCCUGAUCCUGGCCACUGCCUACGGGCUCCUGGAGCUGCUGGUGGAGGGGCUGAGCCCCUGGGGCUGCCUAGUGGGCACCCUCACUGUGGGCGCCUUCCUCAGCCUGGGCUUGGGCUUCUCCCGCCAGGUCCGCGCCACUGUGUUCCUGCUGCUGCCCCAGGCCUUCUCCAGGCAGGGCCGGAUGCUGCUGCUGGUGGCCGCGUUUGGCUUGGUGCUGCAGGGGCCUUGUGCCAACACACUGCGGAACUUCACCCAGGCCAGCGAGGCUGUGGACUGUGGGGCAGAGCUGGCCCUGAACCAGACUGCUGAGAUGCUAGAGAGGGCCCGGCAGCCCCUCGUCAGUGCCCUGCACAAGAUUAAAGCGAUUGCCCAGAGGGCCAAAGUGGUGGCUGACCGGGUGCGCAAGUUCUUUCGGGCCAUCAUGGACGGCGUGAAGCACGUGGCCAGGGCCCUGCGCAAUGUGUGGUACUGGCUGCUGCACAUCGGCGACGUGUGCAACGCAGAGCUGGGCAACCCAUAUUCCAAGUGUGCACGGGUCUUCGACAACGCCAAGGACAAGUGCGUGACAGUCAUUCCCCGCGCCUACCACCUGUGCUACACACUCAUGCCGUUCAAGCUUGUGCUCUGCGGACUUGCCAGCCUGGUCCAGGUGUUCUGCGUCAUCCCUGAGUACAUCCAGCCCUUCUUGCGCAAGACCAUCGGCACCCCUGUGAUGGAGCUGAUUAACCGGGUGCGCAGGGAGUUUGAGUUCAACAUGACAGCCACGCACUACUUCUCCGUGGACCUCAAUGCCUCGCGGAGCCUGUCGCAGGUGGCCUUGGACUUGCAGGAGGCUGUCAGCCUGAAGCUCUACCAUAUCCGGGAGGUGCUGGCGCUGAUGGGCUACACUAUGCCUCUGCUGAUCACGCUUCUGUACCUCCAGGCCCUGUUUUAUCGGUACUGUUACCUGAACUGGGACGAUUUUGACAACGUCUACAUCACCAAGCGAUUCCUGCACAUGGAGGCUGUCCGCUCCCUAGCGGGGCUGCCCACGGUGCUGCCACUCAGUGCCCAUGAGGCUGGACGCUACAUCCAGCCUGGUUCCAUCUUCCUGUCCCGAUGGGAGCAGGUGUUCUACAUCCUGGACACCUUCAACCUCAUGCGCCACCUCCUCCUGGUCCUGCUCCUGGUCUUCCUGGACUAUUCCGUCUUCUGGGUGCUUGACCUGGCCCGGUACCAACUGCAGGGAGAGGUCGUGGCCCGCAGCCCCGUGUUAGUGUCCAUAACCGUGGAGGGAGUUGGCUACACUGGGACUAUCUACCGUGACCUGGUGUCGGCAUUCGAUGUCCUACAACAAGGCAACAUCAGCAUCUUGUCCCGCCGCUGCCUCCUGCAUCCCUCGGAGCCUGACACCACUGGUUAUAUAGCCAUCGGCGCUAUGUACGGCCUGUGCUUCUUCGUCACGCUGUGUGGCCACUACGUCAGUCGGCUGCGGCGGCUCAUCUGUGCCUCCUACUACCCAUCCCGGGAGCAGGAGAGGAUUAUCUACCUCUACAACGUACUUCUGAGUCGCCGGACCAGCCUGUUGGAUGCCCUGCACCGCACAGUGAGGCGGCGUGCGGCUGACCACGGCCAUGGCAGCGUCCUCCAAGUGCUGGCCAGCUGGUGCCCCUGCCUGAGCCCGAUUGCCAACCACUACCGGCGGCGCCAGGCCUACUGCCUGGGCUGCGGACAGUCCCAGGACGAUGGGGACAUGGAGAACUUUGUGUCCUGUAGCACCCCAGGCUGCCGCGGCCUCUACUGCCCUACCUGCUUCCGCCUCCUGGACAACACCUGCUCCGUGUGCACGGCUCCCCUCUCCUACCAGGGGGACCUGGAGCUGGAGCUGGACUCCAGUGACGAGGAAGGCCCCCGGCUCUGGCUGGCUGCUGCUGGGAGGAAAGACCCCGAGGAGGAGCGGCGGCUGCGGCAGCAGCUCCAGGAAGUGCUUGGCGGGGAGUCCAGCUCCGAGUCCAGUGACCUGGACGAGGAGCAGGGACCUCGGCAGAGGCGGCACAGGCAGCAGCCCCUGCCUGAAGGCUACCAGUCUGUCGGCAUCCCCAUGGUGCCUGAGCCCUACAGACCACCCCCCAAACCCUCUGCCCUCAAGGCAGCCCCCUCCGCAGCUUCAGAACCCCCAGUCCCUCUAGCUCCCCCUCCCACUCCUCCUGAUCCCUCCCACCCACCCCUAAAAUGA